AUGUUUAUAAUAUAUAUUCUCGUUUUGAUAUCAACUAAUUCUGGUGGUGGUGGUGAAAGGGUUUUGUGGACAACUAUUCAUAGUAUCCAAGAGAAAUAUUUGAAUGUAAUAUGUGUUGUUUAUACAGGAGAUGUGGAUGUGACAAAGAAAGAAAUUUUAUCAAAAGUUUUAGAAAGAUUUAAUAUUGAAAUUAAAUCAGAAAUUGUUGAAUUUAUAUUUCUACACAAAAGAGAGUGGGUGGUAGAUCGAAGAUAUCCUAGAUUCACAUUAUUAGGUCAAAGCAUUGGUUCAAUGGUUCUUGGAUAUGAGGCAUUAAAUAAACUUACCCCGGAUAUAUAUUUUGAUACAAUGGGUUAUGCAUUCACAUAUCCAAUUGCAAAAAAAUUAUUUGGAUGUAAAGUUUUGGCCUAUGUACAUUAUCCAACUAUAAGUUCAGACAUGCUUACAAAGGUGCAAGAAAGAAGACCCGGAUUUAAUAAUGAUAAAAUAAUAGCUAAAAAUAUAGUUAUGGUCAAUUCCACUUGGACAAAAGGUCACAUAGAUCAACUUUGGGGUGUUAAUGGCAAUAUAAUUUAUCCACCAUGUGAUACGGAUUCUUUAUCUAAAUUACCUUUGGAUGGAAGAGAAAGAAUUAUAGUCAGCAUUGCACAAUUUAGAGAUCAUCAAGAUUUUCGUGAAGGUUCAGGAAAAGUAAAGCUUGUAUUAAUUGGUAGUAGUCGUAAUUUAGCUGAUGAAUCAAGAAUAGAAGCAUUAAAGGAAAAGGAAAAUGUUAAAUUUGAGGUGAAUGCUGAUUUCAAUACACUUGUAGAUUGGUUGUCAAAAGCUAAAGUUGGACUACAUACAAUGUGGAAUGAACAUUUUGGAAUUGGUGGCCCUAAGAUGGAUAUUGUCAUUCCGUAUAAUGAUAAAACAACAGGUGGAUUUCUUGCAAAUAAUGAAGAAAAUUUUGCAAAAGAGCUUUACAAAGUAUUUUCUUUAUCAGAGUUUGAAUAUAACAAUAUACAAAUUAAUGCUAGAGAGUGUGCAGUAAAAAAAUUUUCUGAACAAAUAUUUGAAAACUCAAUUUUAACUAUAUUAAAACCUAUCUUGGACCACUGA